AUUCGCGACGCGUUUCCGAGGGUGGCUGCGAAAGGCAUCGUUCCGUGAGUCUUGGCUGCGAUACGCGCGUGUAGGCUUUUGCUCGUAUUUCGUUAUAGCGGCUUUAUUGGUACCCGUACUUGUGGUUGAUAUCACCGUGGUUGCACCACUGCAUCCCCGUGACGUCAGGAUGACUGGCCUGACGACAUCAUGUCCCCCACCUCCGCGCCGCCUGGGCGGACGGGUAUAUAAGAGGUCGUUGUCCGUCGAUCAUUGCAGCCCACAACUCGUUCUACUGGACCAUUUCACGGCUUAACGACUUCUGUAUCCAUCAUGUCCACCCAGAAGUUUGUCGGUACCCAGCCCGUCGACAGCUUCCCGCAGGACGCGACGUCGAAGAUCCCCGACUCAGAGCUCAACAAGCGCGAGGCUCAGCGUAACCCCACACAGGAGCCGGGCGCGAAUAAGCGUGCCGGCGCUGCGUCAAGGGAUCCUGCAGAAUUCGACAAUGUAGGACGGUCAGGAGGACCCUACGGAGAUCCAAAACCGACAGCAGAUCCUGUGGUAUAAAACGUCGCCAGUAGCUCGGACAUUGCAUGUCACAGGCAAU